AUGAUUGGUUUUGAGGAUUUUAAGAUUGUUUCCUGGAAUGUGAGAGGUGCUCUCCAUGAGCAUGGGAAGCUUGCUAUGAGAGAUAUUGUCCAUAGUAAAAAACCGGACGUGGUUAUUCUAUUGGAGACCAAAUGCCAAUUUCGAAGGGCGAACAGAUUCUGGACCUCCCUUGGUUUUGUUCCUAUUUUCAUUGAGGAAGCCAGAGGCUUCAGUGGUGGGAUAUGGGUGCUGGCAAACAGGGGCUCCAAUGUGAACUUUCGUGUAAUAGAUAAUCAGCCUCAAGUUGUCACCUUUGAGAUUUGGAAAGCAAAUUUUUCUUGGAUGUGCAGUGCAGUAUAUGCUUCCCCUAUUCCGAACCAGAGAGAGAACUUGUGGGAGCAGAUUCUCCAUCUGCGUGGCAUGGUCCAGGUACCUUGGCUCCUUAUGGGGGACUUCAAUGAAAUCCUUUUACCUUCUGAAGUCAGAGGAGGUGAAUUUUUGCCUAGCAGAGCAGACCUUUUUGCUUCAAUCAUGGAUAGAUGUAAUCUUGUUGAUCUGGGCUCUGUUGGGCGGAAGUACACGUGGUUCAGAAAGACUAACAACAGGCUGGUUUUGUCUAAACGGCUAGAUCGAGGAUUGGGCGAUGUAGAUUGGCGAGUGGCGUUCCCUGAUGCGUUUGUAGAGAUUCUAAACAGGGUUCACUCUGAUCAUAGUCCUCUCCUUCUUCAUUGUGGCCUCACCUUGGCCUCUACUCAAGACCGUCCUUUCCGUUUUCUUGCUGCAUGGGCCGAACACUCUCAGUUUGAAGCCUUAGUUGAGAAUUCUUGGAGAGCGGGGGAAGAGAGUAUUCCCCAAAAACUUGGCAGGGUACAGAGAGCAUCUCAGGAGUUUAACAAAGAUGUCUUUGGCAAUAUCUUCAGAAAGAAGAGGCGUGUGGAAGCUCGCCUUCGAGGGGUCCAACGAGAGCUUGAUUUAAGAGUCACCUCAGAUAUGGUUCUCUUUGAAGCGGAGUUGCAGCGGGACUAUAGAAGUAUCUUGAGACAAGAAGAGCUUUUGUGGUACCAGAAAGCAAGAGAAAAUAGGGUGAAGUUGGGUGACCGGAACACAGCGUACUUCCACACCCAAACUGUUAUAAGAAGGAAAAAGAAUUAUAUUCACCACCUUAAGUUGCAGAAUGGUGAAUGGUGUUCUGACGGGGAGGUGCUAAAGCAAGAGGUGCAAUACUUCUUCACUAAUCUUUUUGCGGCCCCUCCCCCUACAACGGCUUCGGCUCUUAGCCACAGUCGGUUCCCUAGACUGACUUCGGCAGCGCAAGACAUGCUAGUGCAACCAGUAAUCAAGGUGGAGGUUAGGGAAGCUUUAAUGAGCAUGAAGUCCUUCACUGCGCCGGGCCCAGACGGCUUCCAACCUUUUUUCUACAAGAAAUAUUGGAAUCAUGUUGGAGACUCGCUUUGGAGGAUGGUAGAGGGAGCGUUUCAGGCAGGAGUGGUGGAUGAAGAGUUGAUGGAAAUUCUAGUGGUCCUUAUCCCGAAGGUUGAUCAUCCUUCUACGGUUAAAGAACUCCGUCCCAUUAGUUUGUGCAAUGUGACCUAUAAAUUGAUCACCAAAGUGUUGGUUAAUAGGCUUCGGCCUUUCCUCCAUGAUUUGAUUGGCCCUACGCAAAAUAGUUUCCUUCCAGGAAGAGGGACGAUGGACAAUGCUUUUCUUGCUCAAGAGAUUAUCCAUCACAUGGCUCACUCUCCUGCAAAGAAGGGCAAGGUGGCCUUCAAAAUUGAUUUGGAAAAGGCAUAUGAUAGUGUUUCCUGGAAUUUCCUGAAGGAGACCUUGGAAUAUUUUGACUUUCCGGAACCUACCAUCCGCCUCAUCAUGUGCUGUGUCACCUCUUCUCAUAUUUCUAUUCUUUGGAAUGGCUCGCGCCUACCUAAGUUCAAGCCGGGGAGAGGUCUUAGACAGGGAGAUCCGCUAUCACCCUACCUUUUUGUGCUUUGCAUGGAGCGCUUAUCGGUCUCUAUUCAAAGCCUGGUUGAUGACGGUGUUUGGAAACCUAUUCGGAUAUCCAAAGAUGGUCCUCCAAUUUCCCAUCUUUUCUUUGCGGAUGAUGUGCUUCUAUUCUGCCAAGCGUCAACAAAUCAGGUGAACCUUCUGGCUUCCACCAUGAAAUUAUUCUGUGACAGUUCUGGUCUCAAAAUUAAUUUGAAUAAAUCAAAGGCUAUCACAUCCAAAGGUGUAGGAGCGGAGGUGAAAGCUGAGAUUUCUAGUAUUGCUCCCAUUCCCUUUGUCAAUGACUUGGGAAAAUACUUGGGCUUUCCACUUAAAGGAGGCAGAGUUCAGCGGCAGAGUUUUGAUUUCCUCCUUGAAAAUAUUCAACGCAAGUUGGGAUCAUGGAAAAUGAAUAUGCUGAACCUAGCAGGUAGAGUGUGCCUUGCAAAGUCAGUUAUAGCUUCCAUUCCAACCUAUGCUAUGCAAGUUUUUUACCUUCCUCGUAGUGUGACAAGCCGAAUCAACAAGAUCAUGCGUUCAUUCAUCUGGAGAAAUAAUCAAGGGGGAAAAGGGUGGCACCUCGUGGGUUGGCAUAAUGUGGCAAGACCUAAGGAUGAGGGAGGUUUGGCACUCCGUGAUAUGAACUAUGCAAACACAGCUUUACUUGGCAAAGCAAUUUGGGGUAUCUUCCAUAAACCCCAUAAAUUGUGGGUUCAAGCACUAACACAUAAAUAUUUGCGUAAGUCUUCAAUUUUACAGGUCCAAUCGAAACCGUCAGAUUCUCAUGUGUGGAAGGGCUUACUUAAAGCGCGGGAUCAAUUGAAGAAUGGAUUCCUGUAUCGUCUAGGUGAUGGCACAACUUCCCUAUGGUAUGAUGAUUGGAGUGGGAGCGGAAAAAUUGCCACCAUGGUCCCUUACGUGGACAUCCAUGAUGUUAGCUUAUCAUUGAGGGAUGUUAUUUCAGAUGGAGCUUGGAACGUGAGCAACUUAUAUACUGUUAUGCCAACUGAGGUGGUGGAACAACUGGAGAAAGUGAAGCCAAAUCUGAUUCAGGGGCGUCGAGAUACUUGGAUUUGGGAUCCCAGCGACAAAGGGUGCUACACGGUAAGAGAGGCAUAUGUAUGGCUUCGUCAGCAGGACCAACCAGAAACACCUCAAGGGGAUUGGCGAUGGCUUUGGCGUUUGAAAAUUCCUGAAAAAGUUCGAUUGUUUAUCUGGUUGGUAUUGCAUAACUCCCUCCAGGUGAAUCGUUACAGAUUCAGAUGUAAUAUGGCGGAUUCGCCGACCUGUGGCCGGUGUUCAGCGGCGGUGGAAGACAUUCUCCAUUGCCUGAGAGAUUGUCCGCAUUCCAGAGAGAUUUGGAGGAUGGCGGGAGCCUUGCGAUGGAGGGGAUUUAUGGAUAGCGACUGCCAGAACUGGGUUCGAAGACUAGCGCAGGGACCAGAUGGCUUGAAGUUCCUGAUGUGUUGCUGGGGAAUCUGGAAAUGGAGAAAUAAUAUGGUUUUUGAAACCUCGCCAUGGCUGAUUCAGGAAGCAUGGAGGCGCAUCUGCCAUGAGCAUGAUGAAGUGGCUCGGUUCCUGGAUCAUAACAUUGCUGCAACGACUGAAAACUGGAUGUGCAACAGGUGGGCGGUGCCUCCAUCUGGGAAAAUAAAUCUGUGCGUGGAUGGUAGUUUUUGGUUGCCGGAUCAGCGUAUGGGUGCUGGGGGCCUUGUGCGGGAUGACCAGGGACACUGGGUGCGUGGGUUUCAUGCCUUCCAAACGACGGGAAAUGCCCUCCUGGCUGAAGCUUGGGCCUUAAAGCUUGGCUUGCAGUUGGUUUGGGAUUGGGGCUUCAGAGAUGUCAUAUGCAAUGUUGAUUGUGCUGACUUAUUGAAGUCUUUGGAGGAUGAAGAGAGUAGGAGGUGCCUACCUAUCCUGGAUGACAUUCAUGAGCUUAUUAGCAGGCAGUGGUCAGUCUCCCUGAUUCGAGUCUCGCGUGAUUGUAAUAAGCCGGCAGAUUGGUUAGCAAAGAAAGGAGCCUCUUCCCCUACGGUGCCCUUUUGUGUGCUUGAUUCUCCGCCAUUGGACUUAGAGAUCCUCAUUAUGGGUGAUCGUUUUGCGGCUUUGUAG